AUGACAAGAACCCUGUAUGAUUUGUCUGAUCUGAGAGAGACUGGGUUUGGCCGGCCACCUCCCAGACACGGUCUGAUCUUGCUGUGGUGGUUUGCUCAUGAAUGUGUUCAGAUCGACUCCAAUGGUCGUAUGAUUGCUCAGUGUGACCCUGAAAAUGGAGCUUUUGGCUUCCACCGAUUCUAUAAUAAGGAGAGAAUUCUUCCUCACUCUAACCUCCUAUACUAUGAAGUGGGCAACCUGCACAUCACUGACUCACUGCCACCUUAUGUCACUGAGAAAUAUACAAGACAUUCAGACAACAGCAACAAAGAUCGCAUCAUUGUUUCCUUUAACUCAGAGUUAAAAAUAUUUGACAAAAUGUAUGUGACACAGCACUCAGAUCUUGUGAGAUUUGACAAGAAUCACACUUACUGCAUUAGCUAUGAUCUCAUGAAAAACAUAAAAAAUUUGGGGCGUGACGAGUCUCUCUCUGUGGUCUCCAACACUCAAGAACAACAUGUCAGACUACAGAGUCAUUAUGAGACGCCGUCUAACAACAACUCCUGGUGUGCCAGGAGUGUGUCAUUAUUCAUGAUUAUUAGCCUAUAUAAAUAUUUUUAUAAUAUUAUACCUUGAACCUGAUUCUUUCGAGUGAGUGAAUCGACGUGCCCAAGCCACGUGAUUUCAGAAAACGAGGCUUUGUUACUGUUUUAAAAUGUCAGUGGUGUGAGGAUGGGGUGGUAUUAAAUGUAUUAAACCUGUGAUUGUAAGUGAUCUCGAGUCAUUUUUAUAAAUUAAGUGCAUUUACAUGACAGAUGUUGUUAGCGUGCAGAGUUUCGAACGCUCAAAGAUUCGUUUUGUGAAGCAGUUGGUUCAGUUGAAUUGAAGUUUCAAAAAGCCUCACUUCUCC